AUGAUGAUGUCAUUUACAUCUGUUAAUUCAUCGGAUGUACCCAGUACAAUAUUAUCAAAUAAAAAUUUGGAUGAUUAUGAUUAUGAAGGUGCAGCAAUUUAUAUAGCUGUAAUAUUAAUUUGGUAUUCAGCUGGUUUAGUAUUAAUGUUAUAUUUUCGUGUACGUCCACGUACAUUUGAAAGUCGAUUUUUAUUUGAUUAUGAAACAUCGGGAAAAUCAGCAUCGUCAACGACAAAUCCAUUUGCUCAUCCGGAAAAUCGACAACGUUUAUGGAAAAUAUAUUAUUCAUCAACAGAAAAAGAAAAUCAACCACAUUCACAAUAUUAUCAAACAAUUACAUCAGAUAAUAUUACAAUUGGUCGUAUCAAUAGAAAAUUAGCUGAUAUUCAUCGAAUGGAUGCUCGUAUGGAUAGUAUCAAUGGUGAUGAUUUAAUAUCAUCAACAGUUAGUUAUUCUUCAAAUGAGAAUAAUCGACCUGAUACAACAAAAUUUUUUUCGAAAAAAUUUAAUUCACGUCGAUCAAGUGGUGGAUCAUUAAAUAUGCGACGACCUAUCUUUCGAGUUCAAUCUCAACCUCAAACACCACCACUGAAUUCAACGGCACAAGUCGACGCGUCCAAUACUAAAAAACAAACAGUAAAUAGUUCACGUAAACCAAUUAAUAAUUCACUCCAUAGAUUUACUGUCGAACGAGUACCUGAAAUUAGAAAAUGUUCAACAGUAAAUGAAAAUGUAUCGUAA